UUGGUGAUGUUGAGAAGUGCAAUAGUUGCGGCAUUUCUCAGCAUCCCUAACCCUGUUCUCGCAUUCAAUGGCCUGAGGUCGUGGUCCAGGAGGGUCGUGUACGAAAAGAUCGACCUCUGCACUCAGUCGUGCUACAGCCAGAUCGUGCCCGGCCUCUAUCUCAGCAACGCGAAGGCAGCGGUCGACGCGGACGUCAUCCGCGCCCUCAACAUAACACAUGUCCUUACCAUCGAGACUCACAGGAUACCCAAGUCGGCCUUCCCAAACCCACAUGUAGCGACUCUCUUCAUCAGAGCAUACGACUCUCCGCACACCAAUCUACUGCCGUAUUUCCCAAUGGCUAACGCAUUUAUCGAUGAAGGGCUUCACAGGGGAAAUGUUCUUGUGCACUGCCACUUCGGGGUCUCGCGCUCUGCGACGAUCGUGAUAGCGUAUCUAAUGGCGAAAUACCAACUGACAUUUGAGGAAGCUUACUCUUACGUGCGCAAUAGACGGAGGUUCAUCAACCCCAACCCUGGAUUUAUUAGCCAGCUAAAGGAAUACGAGCGGAUGAAUUAUGAUGUGAACAGUUUCCUGAGACUAGAAGCGUACCUGAACGUGAAAGCACGCGAGCACAAAUACAAGAUAGCCUCGGUGACGGCCAUCUUCGUGGGUAUUCUUGUACCGUUAGCCGUCCUCAUUGCCUGACGCUGUCCAAGUAAUCAUGAUGUUAGUGUGUAAAAAUGCAAUAAAACUUGUAAGUCAACUA